AUGUGGGAUGUACAGACUGGAAGAAAGGGGAGUUUCGCGUUACCUCGGAUCAUUUGUGGAGAGGACCACGCAGGCGGUACUCCGUCCGAGCACCACUCCUCAAACAGCACUCGCAUGAAUGAACUCAGCGAUGAGGGUGGGGGGCAGACCACGUACUAUGUACUCCGUAGGAAACAACUGGGAGCUUUCUUGACCCACCCACGCAAACACAAGAUCGAGGCUCGCUUGCUCCUGCAAAGCCACGAGAACUCAACGGUCCAAACUGCACUGUUGGUGCAGCUCUCGUUGGGGCGAGGUGGAGUAUGA